AUGAAUAUGUUGGAUGAUGAAGAUGACCAAAGCUUUCACGCUACGCGUGACGGCUACUCCCAUUUGAGCGAUGUCGAAUGGGAUGCGGUUGAACGAAUGGGUUCGACCAUGGGCAUCCAUGCUGUUAGCGUCAUGCUAGAGGCUCUCAAUAGAGAUGCCCAACAUGCUACUAUCGCCAAGUUCAUUCAAAAUGAACUUGACGCAGAACGCGAGAAAGUAGCCUUGCUUCACCAACAAGGUUCUCAACAAGCAGAGUUGUUGAGAGAACAGGGUGCUCAACAGUUUGAACUGUUGAGACAGCAGCAGGCUGCUGCUGGCGGGUCGAUGCACUCGCGUCGGCCCGAGACUUUGAAGAUUGACAUCUCAAAGGCGCGUCGCAUCGACGACGGGGAUAUGCAAGUUGCAUUUGCCCAGUCAAAUCUGGCAGGACGUGCCAAGACUUGGGCACUGGGGCUCAAGCUGCACGACCCAUAUGCGUUUGGGUCGUUGGAAGUCUUCAAGUCGCGGCUCAGACAAACGUUUGAACCGCCUAGAGCUGAGUUCAGAGCUCGAACCGAACUCUUGAAGCUCAAGCAGGGUAAGCGUGAUGUGCACGCUUACGCUCAACAUAUACGACAUCUCACGAGUUGUAUAAGUUCCAAUCCGGUGGAUGAACACACGUUGGUUUCGGUGUUCAUGCAGGGUCUUGCGGAUGGUCCCGUCAAGACUCACCUGUUCCGGCUUGAACUAGAUUCACUAGAACAAGCCAUUUCAAUUGCGGAGCAGGAAGACUUCAGUCUGAGACAGGCUCGCGCCAGCUCGACAUCAUAUCGUCAACCGAGACGAUAUGACAACGGAGGUCCAGAGCCGAUGGAACUCUGUUAUGUAGAGAGCGAGAAGGCUCGCUCUACAGGCUACAAGAAGUUGCAGAGAUGCAACAGAUGUCAAAAGACAGGACACUACGCUUACGAGUGUAGUGCCCCUCGUCCAGUGUCUCGCGACACUGGGCGUAGUGACCGUCCACCCAUGAGAAAGGGGCAGGGACGAGGGUCCGCAGUUGGUGCAAAUACGCAACAACGGGAUGGACCGUCAAAAAACGGACAGGAUCAGUAG